CGCUGCCCCGCAGGCCGCCCCUCUUCCCCAGCCACUACGGGACCCCCAACGCCGCCGACGGCCUGGCACGGAACACGGACGUCCACUACCGGGAGCCUCACACGCAACGGGGACUGCGUCCCGCCUAAUUGACUGGCAUUUACCCCAGUGCUCAGCACAGCAUUUGACACCAAGCCAGCACCUGACAGAUACCAUUAAAAAAAGCGAAUGGAGGGGGCAAGAGCUGGAUCGAAGCGUGUCCACGAAGGAGUUGGAGGAGAGGAAGCAGAAGCAUGUUAGAGAUUGACUUCGCGGAGCUGGCUCUGGAGGAGAUCAUCGGCAUCGGGGGCUUUGGGAAAGUGUACCGCGCCUUCUGGGCCGGGGAGGAGGUGGCCGUGAAAGCGGCCCGCCACGACCCCGACGAGGACCUCCGCCAGACCAUCGAGAACGUCCGCCAGGAGGCCAAGCUGUUCGCCAUGCUGAAGCACCCCAACAUCAUCGCCCUGAGGGGCGUGUGCCUCAAGGAGCCCAACCUCUGCCUGGUCAUGGAAUUCGCCCGGGGGGGCUCGCUGAACCGCGUCUUGUCGGGGAAGAGGAUCCCGCCCAACAUCCUGGUCAACUGGGCCGUGCAGAUCGCCGGGGGCAUGAACUACCUGCACGACGAGGCCGUCGUUCCCAUCAUCCACCGGGACCUCAAGUCCAGCAACAUCCUCAUCCUGGAGAAGGUGGACAGCAACCACCUGGGCAACAAGACGCUGAAGAUCACGGACUUCGGCCUGGCCCGGGAGUGGCACAAGACCACCAAGAUGAGCGCGGCGGGCACCUACGCCUGGAUGGCCCCGGAAGUCAUCCGCUCCUCCCUGUUCUCCAAGGGCAGUGACGUCUGGAGCUACGGGGUGCUUCUAUGGGAGCUGCUAACUGGAGAGGUCCCUUUCCGAGGCAUCGAUGGGCUGGCGGUGGCCUACGGCGUGGCCAUGAACAAGCUGGCCCUCCCCAUCCCUUCCACGUGCCCCCAGCCCUUUGCCCAACUCAUGGAAGAUUGCUGGAAGCCUGACCCCCACUCUAGGCCAUCUUUUACCAGUAUCCUGGACCGGCUGACCACCAUAGAGGAGUCCGGCUUCUUCGAGAUGCCCAAGGAUUCCUUCCACUGUCUGCAGGACGACUGGAAGCACGAGGUGCAGGAGAUGUUUGACCAACUCAGGGCCAAAGAAAAGGAGCUGCGCACGUGGGAGGAGGAGCUGAGUGAGGCGGCGCUGCAGCAGAAGCUGCAGGAGGAAGAGCUGCGUCGGCGGGAGCAGGAGCUGGCCGAGCGCGAGAUCCACGUCCUGGAGCGCGAGCUGCACGUCUUCAUCCACCAGCUGGCCCACCACCAGCCCCCCGUCCACAAGCGCAAGGGUCACUUCACCAAAAGCCGCCUCAAGCUCAAGGAUGGAAACCGCAUCAGCCUCCCCUCGGAUUUCCAGCACAAGUUCACGGUGCAGGCGUCCCCCACGCUGGACAAGAGGAAGAGUCUCCCCGACGGGUCCAGCCCCCCCGUGAGCCCCACCGUCCUCCCCCGGCUCCGAGCCAUCCAACUGACUCCUGGGGAGAGCAGCAAAACCUGGGGCCAGAGUUCCGGGGUCCCCAAGGAGGAAGGUGAGGAGGAGGAGAAGAGGGGUCCCAAGAAGAAAGGUCGCACGUGGGGACCGAGCACGCUCUGUCAGAAGGAAAUCACCGCCGCCAACGAGAGCCCAAAGUCCCUGGUGGAUGGGACCAAGCACUGGGCCUCUAGUGCCCCCAACCUGGGCAAGGGUCCGAGGAUGCCACCAGUUCUCCCUGGCUUCGCCAGUUUAACGGAGAUGGAGGAUGAGGCCGGGGAGGAUCGGCCGUACCCCUCGCCCAGCCAGGCCUACCUCUGCCUCCCCUUCCCCCGGGGCGAGGACGGGACGGCCCCCCCGGCCGACGGGGUCCCCGAGGAGCCCACCCCGGUCAACUCGGCCAGCAGCACCCCGCAGCUGACCCCCACCAACAGCCUGAAGCGGGGCGGGGGGCCCCAGUGGCGGCGGUGCGGGGCGGCCGUGGUGGGCUGCGGGGCCGUGUUGGCCGCCCCCGGCCUAGGCCUCGACCUGCUGGAGGCGGGCAGGUGCCAACUCCCGCCCGCCGAGGAGCCCAGCCCGCCCCCGCGUGAGGACAGGAAGAAGCGCGAGGGCCUGUUCCAGCGGGCGGCCCGGCCCCGCAGGCUCUUCGGGAAGGAGGAGGCGGGGGGCCCGGCCGCCGGGGACCCCUCCCCGCCCCUGCUCUCACCAGCCUCCCUCUCCGAGUGCAACUCCACGCGUUCCCUGCUGCGCUCGGACAGCGACGAGGCCGUGGCUGAAGAGCCGGCCCCGGCCGCCCCCUGCGCCCCCCGCCCGGCCCACCCACUGGUCAACGUCCGCGUCGAGCGGUUCAAGCGGGACCCCCGCCAGUCCCUGACCCCCACCCACGUCACCCUCUCGGCCCCCGCCCCGCCCAGGGGCCACCACCGGCGGACCCCUUCGGACGGGGCCCUCAAGUCGCCGGCCCUGGCCAACGGGACUCCUGCCACCGGCGGGCCGGGAACCGGCUCGGCGGCCACCCCCAGCCCCGCCCGGGACCCCUCCGAAGUGCCCCGCCUCCCGGACCCCAACCUGGUCUUCCCCCCGACGCCACGGCGCUGGACCUCGCCGCCGGACCCGACGCUGGAGAGGCCCAAGACCCUGGAGUUCGCGCCCCGGCCCCGGCCCUCAGCCCACCGUCAGCGGCUCGACCCGUGGUGGUCCGCCUCCCCCGGGCCCGGCCCCGGCCUCGCCCGCAGCGCCUCCCCGGCCCCCAGCUCCUCCGCGGGGACCCCCGGCCCCGGGGACCCCUGCCUCGCCAGCAGCAGCGGAGGCGGCGGGGGUCUUCCCGCCCUGCUCCGCUUGCAGCCCGGGGGGCCGGUACCCCCGGCACGGACCCUCCUGGACCUGGACGCCGAGGGGCAGAGCCAGGAUGGCACCGUCCCCCUGUGCCGGGCCGCGCUGGACCCCCACCUCCCUCCCGCCUUCGAGCUGCAGCGGGAGUUCUGGUCGUAGCCACCCUGGGGGCCCGGGCAGGGAUCCUCCCGCGCCCCUCAGCCCCCCGCCCCCCGAUCCCGCUACUUGCACUGAGAAUGCACUUUGAGGACAGACGGGGCGGACAGGGCAGCACCCCCGGCUCGGCCGUCCGCGGUCUCCGGAGCCCCCCGCCCAGCUCUGGGACGCCACCACAGAGAGACGCGUGGCCUCGGGACGACCCCGUGACGUUUGGGGUCCCCCCGGGACCGCGGCUUGGCCACAGGGGCGGCCCGGGGGUGAGAGGGCCCGUGCCUCGUCCCCCUCCCGGCCACACCGACUUCCCCCAAGCCCCCAGCCUAGUGAGGUGACCCUUCUCGGUGGGCCCCGAGGAGAGGUCUGGGCGAGCGGCGGAGGGGCCUAAAGGAUCCCUCCGGUCUCUUUUCCUCUCUGGGGACACUCCGGGAGCUGGGGAAGGGCACCGUGACCCUCCCAGGGUAAAAGGACAAGUCCACCGGGCCCACGGGCCUUCCCACGGGCCGGGCCCGGGACCACAUGCCCAGUGGUGCUAAGGCAGGGCCCGGAGACAAGAUCCACACCCGUCCCGUCUUUUGGCAGUUCCGUCUUCUCUCCCUCCCGCUUCUCUCCCUCUCUGCCGCUCCCCGUCCCCCCCCGCAAGUCUGCGGACUCUCGACUCGAGAUACCAGGAGGCGGACGCUGCCAAAUUCCCCUCACCCCGAGCGGCCUCGGCGUCGGGAAACCAUCCCUGCAAGCCCAAUCCCGGUCUCCUUCGCCCCUCCCACCGGCCCUUCCGAACGCGGAGCGAGUCGCUGCGUUCCUGUGCCUCAGUUUCCCUCAACUGUAAAAUGGGGCCGAAGAUACCUCCCUAACGGGAACGGCGUGACCCUGUCCGCAUGGCGCUUUGGGAGCGGCCUCUCAGUAGCCAGUAUUAGAGAGGGAUGAAGGUUCCCCCCCUCGGCUCCUCCCUCCUCAUCCUCAGCGGGCCCCGGCCCCAGGCGGGCGGGGGCCCCACGCCGGCUUCCCAGGGAACGUAGAGCUGUGACCCUGACAUAAAGGAAAGCAGACGUCCAUGCUGAACUUC